AGUUGUUCGAAUGAGAAGGGGGUCAAGAUGCGGGGAGGGUAUACAAGAGAGAAGACGAUGUCGAUGGAUGGGUCAUUCAUCACAAAACAGCUUUCCGACGCCGCCUUUUGUAUGUGAGAUGUGCUCUUUCUUGGUCCAGCUUGCCGCACCAUGGUGCAACGUGUCAAAGUGAGCAUCGAUCGUCAUUCUCGGCGCGGCAUGGCCCAUGCCGCUCUCACCGCCGGACGAUACAAUGAUAGACAGAACUCUCAUUGACAAUGACGAUGCCAAGCCUUGCGGGUUGCCAAGCAUGUUGGCACAUGCGGCAAUCGCAAAGGAGGCACCUCAGUCAGAUGAAGGUUUGCGUUGAGAUGGCUCAUAGACGAGUCCACGACGACGCAAACGGGCCCAGGGAGACCAGGGGGAAGAGGUACGAUGGAAGGAUCCCAUCGGCAAUGCGGGGCCGCAGCCAAGCCUCUCUAUCGUCGGAGCGGAUCCCUGCUUCACUAGCCGAGGUACAUAUGAAUGUGCAAUUACGAAUAAUGAGACCGUGGCUUGAUUCACUGUGGGCCCAAAGUGGUGGAAGAGGAGCACUUAUUGCCGACUCGCCGAGUGACCAGCCAAGGGGGAAAGGAGGUAGGCGAUCAUCGUACGAUGCGCGCUAAGCCAGCGAGCCUGGGACCCGAUGAAGCACCAGGGUGAUCCGACGACAGCCAAGAUCUCUUCUCUUGCCUUGCCCACUCCUCGCGUGCUCUGCUUCGGAUGGGCAGCUCGUCGCUCCAAGCGCUACAGUAAUAAGGUCAUGCCAAGAGAGCGGACAAACCCUGCACCCUGUCGAUCUGAUACGAAGCACCGAAAGCGGUUCCUCGCCUCGCUAUACAAUCAAAGUGCUGCGUUCGUCUGCGAGCCGAGUGCCAGAUUGCUCGCCAACGCCAGGACCUCUUCCCAGAUGCCAUCCGAGUCGGGUGUAUCAUUGCAACAAUCGACCGUGUUCGCGCCAGACGCUCUCGCGAACAUACUCCAAAUGGCCCGUCGAGCCUUAGCAUCAGUGCUUUCCAGCCGAGCCCACCAUCGCUUGGCGGUACGCUUGCGGAGCGGUCUACCUAGGGCCCGAGACACCCAUGACUUGUCUCGCAAUACCAGGACUUUUUCUCAAGUCCAGGCGGCUCCUGGCCCGCGGUAGAAACGGUGUGUGGCUGUCUGACUCGUAUGAGUCUGCGAGUCGAGUCGUGUGCCAGCUCAGCAUGGACGGAUGUUUUGGAGGGAGAGGAGGGAGCAUGCAGGGUGUAGGGUUGCAUCAUCGCAUGCAUCUGAGCUUUGAUCCCACGCGCCAAGGCAAAAACACAACUUGGCGGAACCGCGGGGUCAUCACGCCGCGUCCACACGCGGUUCGCACGCGCCACACAACUCGUGACUGCUAGCUGCAUGCAUGCAUGCUGAUGAACGCUCCGGGAAUAAGUCCCUUGCUCGCGCACACGCGAUGCCCAUAUGUAGCUAGCUGCUUU